CAAUGCAUUCAUCCGUCGUCGCUCCUCCGCUCACAUCCGCUCGACCUGCUAUUUGUGUUGGAAAAAGGACUUUGUGAAACUGCAGCGAUGUCAGUCCAGGUUGUGGCAGCGAAAAUGGCAGAGGUCGAACUCAAAGACGUCCCCACCGGGAAAGACUUGCCGGCCGGUUCCCCGAUGACACCGACCUCGGAGGGCAAGACCCUCGGCAGAAACGACCCACACGAGGCCGGUUCCUCUGCCGCUGCUUCCCCUACAGCGGAGCCCUCCGCGAAAGCCGGGGAAGGCAGCCUGGGCUUGCUCACCCCGAACCCCGCGAAGAUGCCCCAGGCGUCGGCUAUGAAGCGGUCGGACCCGCAGCAGAACGGCGGAGAGGCUUUUGUCAACCGUGACGGUACCGUUGCCGAAGCACCGCGGAUGAAGAAGCAGAUCCAGUUUGCGGACCAGAAACAGGAGUUCAACAAGCGUCCUUCCAAGAUCGGCCGGCGCUCUUUGUCCCGCUCCAUCUCCCAGUCCUCCACAGACAGCUACAGCUCAGCGGCGUCAUACACGGACAGCUCUGACGAUGAGACGUCUCCUCGGGACAAACAGCAGAAGAACUCCAAGGGCAACGGAGACUUCUGCAUCAAAAACAUCAAACACUUUGGACGCAGGAGAAGAUCGAGAUUGCCGAGAGAAAACCCAAGCGAUCACUGCUGGCGGGGGGGAGAUGCCAGCCUGCAUGGUCUGAAGGAGCGAGCCGGGGGAGAAACCCCUCGCCCGGCCUGGCCAAAGUGGUGGCUGCACCCGACAUGUACUGCAAAGACUGCUGUGGGGCCUCAAGUGCAGAUGGGCAGUCUGCAACAUCUUACUAUCUACUCCACUCAGAAUGAAGUGGCAGCUGCCCUGGCGGAGGGAGGUUUCAGUGUAUUUGCAUGGAAGGGUGAGUCAGAGGACGACUUCUGGUGGUGCAUCGAUCGCUGUGUCAACGUGGAAGGCUGGCAACCCAACAUGAUCUUGGACGACGGUGGAGACUUGACUCAUUGGAUCUACAAAAAAUACCCCAACAUGUUCAAGAAGAUCAAGGGCAUUGUAGAGGAGAGUGUUACCGGCGUGCACAGGUUGUAUCAGCUGUCCAAGGCAGGAAAGCUUUGUGUUCCCGCCAUGAACGUCAACGACUCAGUGACCAAGCAGAAGUUCGACAACCUCUACUGCUGCAGGGAGUCCAUCUUAGACGGCCUGAAGAGGACCACUGAUGUCAUGUUUGGAGGCAAACAGGUGGUGGUGUGUGGGUACGGGGAGGUGGGAAAAGGCUGCUGUGCUGCCCUCAAAGCAAUGGGCUCCAUCGUCUACGUCACAGAGAUCGACCCGAUCUGUGCCUUGCAGGCGUGCAUGGACGGCUUCAGGCUGGUCAAACUGAAUGAAGUCAUCAGACAAGUGGACAUCGUCAUCACCUGCACAGGCAAUAAGAAUGUGGUGGUGAGAGAGUACCUCGACCGCAUGAAGAAUGGCUGCAUUGUCUGCAACAUGGGACACUCCAACACCGAGAUCGAUGUGGCAAGCCUGCGGACCCCUGAGCUGACCUGGGAGAGAGUGCGCUCGCAGGUGGACCACGUCAUCUGGCCCGACGGCAAGAGGAUAGUGCUGCUGGCUGAGGGUCGCCUGCUGAACCUGAGCUGUUCCACUGUGCCCACUUUCGUGCUCUCCAUCACCGCCACUACCCAGGCUCUGGCUCUGAUAGAGCUGUACAAUGCUCCAGAGGGACGCUACAAACAGGAUGUUUACCUGCUGCCCAAGAAGAUGGAUGAGUAUGUGGCCAGCCUACACCUCCCCACGUUUGACGCACAUCUUACAGAACUGACUGACGAGCAGGCCAAGUAUCUGGGCUUGAACAAGAACGGGCCCUUUAAGCCAAACUACUAUAGGUAUUAAACAAGUGUUGGGGUUGGACUGAAGAAGUACAAAUACUCCACGAAUGGCACAGACUCAUAGAGGGAGAGGAUGAGGAGGACAGAAGGAAGGAAGGACGGACGGACAGAAUAGUCAACACACCUGCUUUAUAUUCUUGGAGGGGAGGGGAGGGGAGGAGCUCUGACCGAUCCUAAGGGGGAGGGGGAGGAGGGGCGUGGCUUUCCCUGCGCUUAUGGCAGUCGUUUUAUUUAUUCACGCUCGACAACAAUAAUAACAUUAACUCUAACUCUGCCAUUCGCCGCUAGCUAGCUUCCCUCCUACUCGUCAUUUCACCAUUAUCUCUUUAGACGCUCAUUUGUGUGUCGAGUUGUAUGUAAAUCCUCCACCCUCCCCUCCCAUUGCCAGAUCUUUUAUUGUUUAACUAUUAAAGAUGAAAUUAUUGAUGCUAAAAAAAGAUAUAUACUAUAUAUAUAAAAAAAAAAAAACCUGAUUUAAAAAAAAAAAAAAUAAUAAUAAUAAUUCUGUGUGAAUGAAGAUGACCUUUAAAGAUUUAGUGACGGACAUUUUUUCCUGUCCUUUUUUUCGUUGUCGUCGUCUUUUCUUUUCUACUUGUGAUUAUAUUUUUGUUUUGUUUGUCUCUCGUGUAAUACUGCGGGGCGGGGUUAGACCUAGUGGGGGAGGGGGUUAGGCGGGAUCUCAGGGUCCAAUCAUAUCAUGUCUUUUAUUUGACCGUUCUAUUGAGAUUCACCGUUUUGUCUGUUUUUAAACAUUUUUUUUAUGCGUUCUGUCCCUUCAGAUCAGCCUGUAGUUUGUCAGAACUUCUUUUUUCUUUAAGUAUGACUGGAUGUUGACCGGUUCUUCCCACCUGUCACUCAAAGCCGCAGUGAAACCAUCUCAUUGGCUGCUUCUCUUUCUCGGCUUCCAGCUGCUCACAUAGCGCCAGUGUUGAAGUAAUGAAAAGUAUUUCAAGCUAGUGAGAAGCUAACCUUUUUAUUUUGUCUUUCCCUUUACCAAGAAUGACUAUACUGUAUUAGAAGCAUGGCAGGUUGUCAGAUCAUUACAAGGGGUAUACUGUAUAUUUAGAUAUUUAUAUUGAAAUUAAGAUUUUUCUAUCUUUUUCUCUCGUACGCCAUCUAAUAUCAUUACUUUUGGGGGGGGUGGGGAUCAACAUAUGUCAUAAAGAUAAGCAAUUAAGUGUUCUAAUGAUAAGUGUAAUAAAUGUA